UUGAUUAUUUAAGUCGCAUCAUGCAACUGACUCUUCUGUAAAAUCAAAGCCAGAAACUUUCUUUGUUAUUCCCCUCUAUUGACGACCAGCUAAAUCUCCAAGAAGGCGACCAUGGCGGAGCCUCACGCAGGCACUGGCGGAGCGGUCCACCACCCUCCGGCGCCGGAGCCGGCAGAGAGCACCAGCAACGCCACAGCCAACGAGUGGGGUCCCUACUCCGGCGCCGGCGACUUCGGCACCAACAUGGCCAUCGUCCUCGCUUCCCUGUUCUGUACCUCCCUCCUCGCCUUCUCCCUCGGUGCCGCCGUCCGCCUCCUCCUCCGCCGCUUCGGCAGCGAACGCCAGCCUCCGGGGAAGCCGGAGAUGAUGGAGGCUGCAGCGCCGGCUUUACUGUUCUCGGCGGGGGACACGAGACUGGCCGGGGCGGCGGUCGAGUGCGCCAUCUGUCUGGCGGACUUCGUGGACGGCGAUGCCGUGCGGGUGUUGCCGGCGUGCGGACACGGGUUCCACGCCCAGUGCGUCGAGCGGUGGGUGGUGGCCAGGAGAACGUGCCCGACUUGCCGUCGGGCAUGCGGUGACGAGGAGCUGAUGCGAGUGCAAGAAACGGCGUAAUCAAUAGUCGGCGUUCGUUUUCUGUCACUCGCAGAAAGAUAAUUAAGGAUCGUUUGGGUUCAAGUUCGUCACUUCAAUUAGUUGUUUUUCUUAUCCUUACCUUCGUGUUCCUUCCGUUUGAUUUUCCUAGAAAGAGUUAUCGAAUUUCUGGUUAUGCUCAAAAGUGAAUCAUAAUUUUAGUCUUUUGAUCACCUGAUCCAUCUAUUCUACCCUUUGUUCUUCUCGGAUUCCUAAACUGCUCCACCUUCGUCCUCAAGUUGGUCUAGACAUUAAACCUGCUAUGCAGUUCUACCAUUACGCUUUAGCGGUUGAUUUCACCUUAAAAAAUUUCACUAUCUUUUUUUUUUUUUGGUCUUACAACGAGAUGAUUGAUCUUGUAGAAAUCAGAGAGUGGGAAAUAAGUUCGGAGAAUAUUUUUUGCUUCUCAUACGCAUAUUUAUACUUUAUUCAUAAAUAUCAAAUAUGGUAUACAAUCACUAGUUAUAUGAGUUAUGAUAUUUACAACAAUAACAUCAAAUACUAUUUAUAUGGUAAAUCCUUGCUAAUUAUAACAGAUGAAGUCCCAACGCAUUAAGAAAGCAUCAUAUGCUUAACAAAAAGUGUAGAUGGUGGAGUUUCUUUACGAUGAGUUCUACAACAAUUAAAUGCCACAUAUAAUAACUUUUCUAUAUUUUAAGUUUUGAAUAUAGGGAGUAUUCAAGAUUUUGAAAACCCUACCAUAGCUUGCAUCACUAUUGACUUCUUAAAUAAUCAUUACUAUUGACCACUUACUAGAUAUGAGUUAAAAAUGAAAAUCAAGACCAUUAAUGUAGUUCUAAGACCCAAACAUUAUUUGUUCAAACAAUUUAGGUUCAAUAAAUACAUUGGUGCUUUUUUUCUAGGUAUAUAAGAUGAAAAAUAAAAAUUAUUAACUAUUUAGCCGAUUAUACAAGAACAAGAAAAUUAAGAAAAAAUCACAUGUAUAACACAAGAUAAAUCUAUAAUUUCCGUAGAAUAAUCUAAAGAAUAUUAAUUGAUAAAACAAUAGAAUAAGUAACAAUUUUACUCUGAAAAUGUAUUUUGUGAGAUCAUGCCCGGUUCGGUUCGGUUCAUGGAAGACCACGAACAAGAUCCGCCCGUGUUUUUCUCGCCUCCCUCUGCUUCUCUCCUCUUCUCUCGGCCGAUGGAACCACAAUCUCCGCGAUCUGCGAUCUCCCCGACCGCCAGCGACAAGGGCAAGGAGAGGAAGAAGAAGAAUGAGCUCGACGGAUGCCCACGAAUCCACCGGGUGGGAGGAGCUCCGCAAGGAAGCCAGGAAGAUUGAGGGUGACCUGGACGUCAAACUCUCCUCCUACGCCAAGCUCGCUUCCAUAUUCACCCACUCUUCCGGUACGCUCUCGGCCCUCCCUUUCUCUUCUCCGCACUUCUCCAUACUCGGAAUCGGUGUUUAAUAGAGAUAGGCGAUUCACGUUUCUCCCUCGCGGUGUCCAUUGAUCACCCUAGUCGAUGACUCGAAUUCCAAUCUUACUGCAUAUGCGUGUUUAUAUACUUUAAGAGACAAAAUUGUUAGGACCAAAAGUAGCUAGAGGGGGGGGUGAAUAGCUCGUCGCGUUCGCUCGGUGCGCUUCGUUGCUUGGCGUUGCUUGGCGUUGCUUGUUUCUUCAAGAA